AUGGCGCCACAUUAUAGAUUGCUGAGAUUACUUUUUCUUGAAGCCUUCCUUUUGAAGGUUGCAUUGGCGCGUUCCAUUUCUGAAAUUGACUAUGCGGUGUACGAACCGAAAAGCUUCAAUAUUGAGAAGGACGUUGGAUUUUCUAGCGGCGACGAGGGCUUCGAAGUGGAAGAGGAUGUGCCCGGAGUUGAUGUGAAUGUCUUUGUUCCCGUGGAUGGGGUUGAUAAUGACGUGGCCAAUAGGACAAUCGAUAAUUGCUUUCUCCAAAUCACAGCAAAGCUAAUUUAUCGCAAGAAUUAUCGCUGGUGGGCGGAUCAUCCGGAAUACGCUUGGCUGUUCAUUCUUGGAGGUCUAACUAUUUUCACAUUGGUGGUGUUGUUCAUGCUCUGCAUUUGUUACUAUCUGGUAUACCGAUAUUUCUGCAUUGACCUGCUGAGCUGUGAUCUCUUUGAAGAGGAUAUUGCGAGAUAUUGCGCUGAUGAUGCACCAACGUAUCCGUCGAAGUUGCAAUGGAUUGAAGAUUAUUGCGAUAAGCAUCGCCGUUGUCGGGAUAGAGGAUAUGUUUGAGAAUCUGAGUUUUUGAACUUAAUCGAAAUGAAUUAUCCAUGUAAAAUAUUCAUUUAAUGUCUGUCCCAUUCCUCGUCAAAAUGCAGGCUGUUUUAAGCUAUA